CAGCGCGCCGCCUCACCGAGCGGAGCAGAGCAUACAGCCGAGCGCAGAACGCCUAGCAGACGACAAGCAGACGACGACCACGCUAGCAGACGACAUCGCGAGCACAGUGUGCAGCGCACGCCCCCUCCCGCCCUCUUGUGAGGCUUCCCCGUUGACGAGGCCGCCGUCGCGAGGACGCGCAGCCCGCGCAGCCCGCGCCGCCGGCCGGUCCGCCGGUCAGCACCCACCCGAGUGACUUACCCCGUCCCUGAUAAUCAGUCCGCGGACACGAGCCGGGACUUUGGAACUUGAUUAAAAUUUAGUGAGGAACUUGUGACGACCGUCCGGCUUGUUCGAAAGACCGCUCCUCCUCUCCUUGUCCGGGGGAACUUUGCUCAGCGUCCCGACAGGACAGCAGUGCGCGUCCCAGAGGAUCCCGACGACGACACCGGAGCUGUCUGCGCCAGCCGGCCUUUCUCCGAGUCUCGCCGACGCAGUCCUAAAGGUCAGCCGCGGCCUGGACGACCCGCUGGACGCGCUGGACCCGCUGGACCUGCUGCCAUCGCCCCCAGCCAUGGACCGCGAGGUUCCGGCCCAGGACCACUCUCACCACAUGCAGCACCACGGCGUCCUGUCCCCACAUCUCUCAACUAAUGAUCACUCCGACAAACUAAUGCCCAACGAAAACAACAACACUAGUCUGAAGAAUAACAACAGUAGCAACAACAACCACAAUGCCCAAAUCAAGACUAGCAUGAAGAACGGCCACAGCAACGUCAGCGCCCACUGUCAAGGUAGCAAUCUAACUAGCAACAACAACUCAAAGACGUCCAACGGUACCAAUGGCACCUGCAACAGCAGCAGCAGCAGUUGCAGCAGCAGCACCAGCUCGACCAGUAGUGGGAACAGCAAGAGGUUUUGCAACGGUGGCUCGGCGGCGGGACUGGGCAGCAUCCUCCCCGAGCAGAGGCGGCUGGUCGACGUCACCAGGGACAAGCCCGUCAAAGUCACCGUCCGAGUCGUCGUCCCCACCCGGGACCACCCCAAGUUCAACUUUGUCGGAAAGCUGCUCGGACCGCAGGGCAACUCUCUGAAGCGCCUACAGGAGGAGACGAUGACAAAGAUGGCCAUCCUCGGUCGCGGCUCCAUGCGGGACCGGCAGAAGGAGGAGGAGCUACGUCUCUCGGGGGAUCCAAAGUUCUGCCACCUGCAGCUUGAGCUGCACGUGGAGGUUACUGCCUUGGCGCCACCAGCCGAGGCCCACGCCAGGAUCGCCCUGGCACUCGCAGAAGUGCGAAGGUUUCUCGUGCCGGACUUCAAUGACGACAUCCGCCAGGAGCAGAUGUGGGAGCUGCACGUGCUCAAGAGCUCCCGGGAUCACCUCAAGCACCUGGCGGGGCCGGCCGGGCCCGGCGCGUCCCCCCAGGAGGACGCUGUGGCGGCGGCCGCGGCAGGGCUGGGCCCGCUACCCGACCCCGCGUGCCUGGAGCCCAGUGUGGCGCCCGGCGCGCUCGCCGCGGGGCCCCUGGCGCCCGGGCCCUCACGCGGCCUGCACAGCCCCAUCGGCCCUGACGUGGCUGCUCGCCUGUUCUGCGCGCGCACGGCAGCAGCUGGAGCAGGGAGGAAGCGGCCCUACAUCGCCAUGUCGCCGACCAAGCGCACCGUGCUGUCCAUCCUGGCGCGCGCACGAGCCGCGCAGGCCAAGGACAUGAUCGGCGCCCACUGACAGGAGGCCAGCGCGCAAGACCCCUACAGUUCGUGGCCUUGGCAAGAGUCGUCCGAGGAAGGAAGGGUCGGUAUCCUGCAGGACUCCCGAUCGUUCCGCAGCGGACUGUAGGAGGCCCGCGCGCGCCCCUGGGUGAAUCAUCAGCACCGUUUAGUAUUUGAAGCCCCUCGCGCCGAGCGCGAAGGAGGCGCCUCGCUCCGUCCUGAUCGGUUAGGAUGCGAGAGACCAGACGAACACUCAGCCCAUUCCGGGCGGUCUUUUUGUGAUUCAUUCAAUUUGAUACGUUAACGCCGUAAGGCCGAAAGAGUGCGCCCAUGCAAUGUGAUUCAUCGUGGUCGUGACUUUAAAAGCUAACAUUAGAUUGUGCUCUGUGAGUGGAACUGAUAUUGUGAAUGCUAUACACCUUCCCGGCGCAGGCCACGCUUGCUGCUGCGUGGCGGCAUCAGGCCACAAGAGACUUGUAUCAUGGCUAACGGAAGGUAUAUUUAUAAGUGAAAAUGUAUUUUUGCACCCGAAGUGAUGUCUAAAGUAACAUAGAAAAUGGUUAAAAGAGUACUGUUUAUUAGCUGUAAUCAUCAUUAUGGGUGUCGGCUCAUCGAAUGGCCAAAGAUGUGUUAUAUCUUAGAAUUAUUUUAAGAAUAUAGGCCUCUAUUUAAUAAUGCAAUUGCAUUAGCUGGUGCUGUUAGAGAACCAGCUGUCAUAUCUCAACGACUAUCUAGAAUAAAUUACAGUUUUAAGAAAAUGUCUGCUUAAAUUCAUUGUAAUUUUUCAGAAAGAAAGUGAUUCCCUAUUUUUAAGCUAAUUAUAGAUUUCUCGUUUUUCUUCUCCCUGUAAUUGUUCAGUACGUAGGGGACCAUUUUGUGUAGAGUUUUCUCUCCUUUAAUUAGCAUAGUGGGCGCCGUUCUCUGUCCCUGUUUAUGUAAAUGUUAUCAGUUGUAUACGUGAUGUAUACUACAGUAGUAACGUACCGCAGCACAUGUUUUGCCAUUUUAUGUAAUAAAAUUUUAUUAUGUUGAUGAAAAUCAGCCUCUGCCCGUGUAUGACAUUGAAUUGUUACCAUGUAUAGGUGCCCACCCACAAAAUCAUCUUAAAUCAAUGGAAAGACAAGUCAAAUUUAUAGUAUUUCAGGAAAACUGGCGUUGCAUUACUAGUUUCUUAAAUCUAUUUUCUUCCGUAGGAUAGAUAUUGCUGAAAAUUUGGGAAUGCGUCCGUAGGAAUAGUAUCAGGAAAAAUUGCCUAACAAGUAGUCAAAUGGAGAGGGAAAACGGUAAAAUUUAAAUAUGAUUGUUUGAAAGCAAGCGAGCCAUGGAGAAGAAUAAUACCGUUUGUUGUUAAUGCUUGGAUAUGUUAAAGGCUUUUCAAUGUAUAUUUCAUGUGAAUAUAAGAUAUUAUUUUAUAUUGAGUCCGGUGGACUAUUCCAUUAUCACAACGAUGUUUUAAGUUAAGAGUGUAUAAUGCUAACCUUGACAUCUACAUCACAAUCCGACUUUACACUAUAACUCGUAACAUAAACGUAAAUAUUAUUGGUAAACGCACAUUUUUCUUUCUUGUUCGCACAUGAUUUACUAAGCCUGUCUGUUCCUACUGGUACAUUAUACGUGAUAGUUGACAGUUGCACACUGGAAAUAAAUGACACAGAACAAUGUAGUUACACUUGUAAAUAAGAACGCACUUGAAAUUGAAAAGCCUGUUCUUCUUUGCUAUACUUUUCCCAAGUGUAUCCAUUGAUUAAGGAACACAGAUUUUAUUGUAAAAAGCAUUGAAGUCGUAUUGUCAUAUGGCUAUGCAUCUCGCACGAUCGGUUUCUGCAAUACCGGGCGUCUUUCUUUGUAAUAUACCUCCUAAACCCUUAAAAGUGCCAGCUUUCACUUAUUACACCUGUUAUAAGUUUACGUAGAUAAUCUAUUAGAUUGCGCAUAAAAUUAUUCAUGAUAUACAGAUUUGUUUCGCAUACAUAUUUUAAAUAUUGUUCCAAAUUAAUUAAAUGUUACUCAUCUCAAUAAACAAACAUUACCUAA